GUUUUGAUCAUUCCCCGCCCCAACCACACCAUCAUCAUGUCCAUCACGGCCCCCAACACGUUCACCAAGUCGUGGAACACCACGGCUUCGUCCAUCGAAGGCAUUUUGCUUCAAUUCCCAGGACGCGUGUACGUCAACCAGGACCCAUACCUCAAAGCCACGGCGCUCGUGGAGGUCACGUCCAACUCGCAAGCUGUGCUCGACUUGAUCGCGUUCAACGCGACGCAAGCCGUCGGCAACGUCAUCUCCGUGGGCUGCAAUCGCCAUGUCGCCCUGGCGCAGUCCAACCAGACGUACCUGAACGUGUCGGCGACCUCGGACGUCGACGCAUACGCGGUGGGCUCGCUCCUGGUCCGCGUCACGGUGCAACGCGCGGUGUCGUGGAUCAAGUCUACUGCCGACACGGUGCUGGUCUCUGGGAGCCUCGUCAACGGCGCCAACAGAGCCGUGUCCAUCGCGGCGUUGGGCACGGGAAACAUCACGACCACCGCCAAGUACCCUGUGACGCUGUCCAACCUGACGCUGUCGACCACUGGCGCGGGCAACGUGCAGUUUGCCGCCACGACCAACUUGAACGUCACGAAUGGUCUGUCGCUCUUGAUCGUGGGGUCGGGCUCGGUGGCGCUGCAAGCCGCUCGCGAUAUCACCGUGCGCAGCCUCCAGACGUCCGUGGCCGGCUCGGGCUCGGUCUUUGCAUUGGCCAACGGGUCGUUGAAGGCCCAGAACGUGCGCACGUCGUUGGCCGGUAAGGGCAACGUGAGCUACUCGACUCCCCAGGGCUCGACGAUCAACAACACGAUCUCGGCCGCCGGGUCUGGCCACGUCUACUCGGGCUCGCUCUUCGCUCAGAAUGCCACCGUGACGCUGGCUGGCAGUGGUGACGUUGUCGUGCAAGUCAUCGACACCCUCACGGCGAUCGCCACUGGCGAGGGCAAAGUGCUGUACUAUAACAAGACGGGGAACCCUGCGCACCUGCCCGAGCGCAAGGGGUGGUGGGUGUUUAGCAGCCCCAGCGCCGAAGCCAUCGGUGUCAACCCCACCGACCAGUUCACGCUGGCCCCCGAACCCCUGAAAGAACCGGUGAACGUCCGCAUUGAACUGAACGCGUCGUCGCUGUCGCACUGCGUCGUACAGACCUUCAAAUCCGGCGGCCAAGUGUCCCUGGCGGCGUCGGGUGCUCAAUCCCCCGUCGACGUGGCCACGCUCGGGGGCGUCGCGGUGGCAUUCCUGAUGUUGAUUGCCCUCGUCAUGUUCAAAAAGCAAAAGCGCGUGGCCGGCUAUGUGGCACUUCCCAAGUAAACCAACAAUGGCGUCGCUCGCUUUUGCCAUGUUCUUUAUGAAACCACAUCAUUUGCGUUGGAGAAAUCGACACUGUUGAUUCAUACCUGACGUUAUUGGUAAUAUUAAUAACGUUAACGUUACCGAUUUGCAAUAAAGAGUGGCUUGCGUUGCUGUCUU